CAUUGCUGUCAUGUCUUUGUUGCUUCAAUGCUAGCAAGUCCAGCGCGAAAGUGAUUGAGUACAAUCGUUUCUAAGAAAGAAAAAACUAAUUCAACCAUAUCUGUAAGAGUAAAUCCAAGAUGGAAGAAAAGCUGUAUGGAUCAGUGCCUGUCCCCUCGGAAUAUCUUCAACAGUGGAUUCAGUCUGCUCAACAGCUUCAGGCUCUGCAGGGGCAGUAUCCGGGCAUCAACCAUCACCACACAGAGGAACCAAGAGAGGAGAGGGUCAUGGCACAUAUGGCUGUCAAUCAUCACCCUCACUACACAGAGGAACCAAGAGAUGAGAGGGUCAUGGCACAUAUGGCUGUCAAUCAUCACCCUCACUACACAGAGGGACCAAGAGAGGAGAGGGUCAUGGCACAUAUGGCUGUCAAUCAUGAGCUCACGGCUCAGCAAGAACCUGCCAACUUAGCGAAAGCUCCAGCGAAAAAGCGAGGGAGAACGGCACAACCGAAGGAACCCAAGGCACCCAAAGAACCCAAGGCCAAACCGGGCCCCAAGCCCAAGAAAGGCAAGGUGGGUCAAGAGGCAGACGGCACGCAGGAGAAGAUGGACGAGACCGUCCAGAAGGUCAGGAAGAAACGGGACCGCUUCAAGGGCAUGACGGAGGAUGAGGUCAUGAGCAGAACUCUGACUGACAUCCUUGACUACAAGCUGGACUAUGUUAUUAUUGGAAUCAACCCAGGUCUUGUAGCAGCCUAUGUUGGACGAUGGUUCCCUGGCCCUGGAAACCAUUUCUGGAAGUGCCUAUUCUUGUCUGGAUUCACUGAUGAGCAACUCAACCACAUGAGCGACACCAGUCUGCCUGCAAAAUAUAAGAUCGGUUUCACCAACAUGGUGGCAAGGACAACGCCUGGAAGCAAAGACCUCUCAACCAAAGAGCUACGUGAGGGCGCCUUAAUUCUUGUCGAAAAGCUGAAGACCUACAAGCCUCUCAUAGCUGUUUUCAAUGGAAAAUGUAUCUAUGAAAUGUUCUGCAGAGAGAUGUUUGGAAAAAAGCCCAAGAAACUUGACUUUGGUCUGCAGCCACACAAGAUACCGGACUGUGAAGUGGCGUUGUAUCUGAUGCCGUCGUCCAGUGCCCGCUGUGCCCAGUUUCCCCGUGCCCAGGACAAAGUGCACUUCUACAUCAAGCUGAGGGAGUUGAGGGACCAGCUCAGGGGCGUGGCCAGAAAGGACGACAUUCAGGAGUUAGAGUAUACCUUUGACCUGGGACUGGCCAAAGAGGACGCCAAGAGGAUGGCGAUCAAAGAGGAGGCGUACGACCCGGGCUACGAGGCGGCCUUCGGCGGAGCGUAUGGCGAGGGUGGGCCAGGGCCUGAGGAGUGCCAGAGCAACGGCAACGGGCACUGUAACUUCUCGUCGGCUGAAAACACAGACGCUGCCGACAAGGCAGACACUUCCCAACCUCCUGCCGCCGCCGCCACCACCACAGAGGGACAACUCCCGGACGGACAGUGGAUGAUGCAGUCCUUUGCUGAUCAGAUUCCAGACAUUGGUGGCUCUAAAGAGCCUCAGGCAUGGGUGGGCAAUGUAUGAGGAAGGGGAUAGGGUUCGUUGGGAGCCCUAUCUGGACGUGCACAGACCUCAACCCACACAUCCUUAACCCCCCCCUUCAACAAGAGGCUGCACCUCAGUUUGAAGACUCAAAUUGUAGCCUUUUCAUUUUUUUUGUAUUAGCCAUUUAGAGAUAUACAUGUUUAACUACUUGAUAGAUGGAAUUGUCUAAAUUGAUAAUUUUGAGGAUUUGUGGAAUAUUAGCUUUUUUUAAUCCUGUUUUGUCAUACCAUGUGUGAUUGCCCUCAAGGCGGUCUUUUAAAUAUGUGAAAUCAGGGACUUGACAAUGAUGCUUGAUGCCUUUGGUUCUUUUGUUGUCAUACUGUACUUGGCCACAGGCUGGUGUAGUAGGUGUAUGCAAAGCAGGAUACUGUUCUGACAGUACAAAUUGCCCUAAAUCAGACUUUUACACACUGGUUGAACAGUCAGUCCCAAAUUAACCUGUGGCAAAACACAUAUAUACAGUAUGCUACUGGAAGUCAUGCAUUGUGAAAUUUAGGAUUAGCUAGUAUUCUAGUUUGAUAAAUGCUGUGCCUUUUUUGAGGAGAACAGGUACUGAGUGAUAUGUGAACAAACUAAACAUGGUCAAAAAGUGAUUCCACGGAGGGAUGUUUUGGAAAUGUCUUCACAAGCCUUUUAUAGUGGAUUUACAAUACUGAAGAUAAGUGCUGUUCUCUUGUUGCUUUAUGAGGUAUGUUAUGUUUAGUAUGUUUCUGAACAUUUUCUUCAUUAAAGCUAAAAUCCUUAGUUGCUACAUACAUUUUUGGACUUAUAAAUUAAUGAUUUAUACCCAUUGAUUCUUAAAGUAAAGUAUAUAACUUUAUAAAUGCCCCAGGAGCUUAGUUAAACUGUCGUACCCCACCAGAACCCAAAAUAAGCUUGUUUUACUCCAAUGUUUUUAAACUAACACUGUAUAGACUCAAAACAUGGUUAAAACUAUAAUUUUAA